ACAUAUUCUUCGAAUUAAAAUUUUCUUUACUCGAGUGUGAAAUCAAUUUUUUCCGUUAUUGUAAUCGUGAAGUCAAUCAGGGUAGUAUCUUUGAUACAUUAGUUUAUUAAAAAUUAGUGCAUAAGCAUGCAUUCAAGUUUGUUUGCGACGUUAUCCGUUUUCUUCUGUGGGACUGACUUUGUGAUGAGUAAAUCUCAGGGUGGAUCUCAAGAACUAGUUCAACCGCAAAGAAAAUUCAAAUUGCCUACAAAAGAUGAAAUUCUACUUUCUUCGGAUACUUGGGAGAUUAAUCCAAAUCUGAAUUCAAUGUGGACUUACCGACCGGCACCAAUUCAGUCACAACCAGAAGAUAUGUUGCCGCGGAGAGUUGUGUUAAAAACACCCCAUUCUUUGACAAGGCUCGCCAAAACGUUUACGUUUGGGUUCGAGCCCUAUUUUGAUAAGGAUUUUUUCGAGCCAUUCGAAAGAAGACAAAGGCCGGUGACGCUUAUCACUUUUAGAAGAAAUGGUUUAUUACCUAGAAUCAUCAAUAAAGUGGAGAGUACUACUAAUGCAGAAAACAAGAUCGCAGAACUUCAAUCACCUUUUAACGAAAUCGGUAGUUAUUGGCAAGAAGAUCCAACGCUUAUGAAUUUUUAAAUACCAAUU